AUGGGCAACAUCCCUGUAUCAGUCCCAGGACGAGUUGUGCUUGCAGAACGGCACGUCAGGGGCCGUGGGGUCGCCACCGCUAGGGACUUACAGGUGGCGGUGCGAGCCCUUUGGGAAGAGCAGGGUGGGCAGGAGGUUGCCCAGCCCAUAGUCGAGGAGUACUGGGAUGCAGAGGAGGCUAAAGAGGAGGAAGUGGAUGAGGCGGAGGAGGCUGAAGAGGAGGAAGCGGAGGAGGCGGAGGAGGCUGAAGAGGACGAGGAGAAGAACGAAGAGGUGAAGGAGGGAGACAGAGACAAGGAAGAGGACGAGAAUUAUGUGGACAAAGAGGAGGAGGAGGAUGAUCCUCCCGAGGGCAGAGAACUAGAUUCUGCUGCUGAUGUUAAAUCGGGAAAUGUUGUCCACCACCUUGUGAUGCCAAAGUCUGUAUCAUUCGACACUAAAGAAGAGAGUGAACAUCAGUAUGGAAACGCUGAUGAAGAGAAAGAGGAUGGAAAUGAGAAACCAGAAGAAGGACCCAAGCUGGAUAUGGUCUCAGCAGAGGGCAGCUCUGGAGAAUACAGUUGGAAGGCAUAAAAAGAAGUGGACAGCGAAAGAAAAGAAGAAUUUGUUCUUCACGGAUAUUCUAGUUUUCAUUAGCCCACAAUACAAAUGUUGUUUCAAAGUUCAACAUCCCAAAAUGAUAUUAACUGACAUCUGACUUUAUUCUUACCUUUGACAGAUAAAUUUGACAGUAUUGUUCACAUUGAAAAUAAAAACUUGUUUGACAUGAAUAA